GUUACUUGGUGUGGGUGUGGUCGGGCGUGGUGACGUCAGUGCCGGUUGUUGACGUGGCCUGGUCGGAGCGGUUCCUGUCAGAGUUACCGGAGCCGCCAUGAGCGACCCUCACAGACAGGACAUAGCGGCCAUCUUCAAACGGCUCCGCUCCGCGCCCACCAACAAGGCGAGUCCGGGGACUGGGGAGACCGGGGAUUAAUGGGUAACUGGGAGACUGGGGACACGGGGUAAACUGGGGAGACUGGGGGACACGGGUAACCAUGGGGAGACUGGGGACACGGGGUAACCAUGGGGAGACUGGGGGACACGGGUAACCAUGGGGAGACUGGGGACACGGGCAACUGGGACUGAGGGGACAAGUAAACUGGGAGGCUGGGGACACGUGGGUAACCGGGGUGGCUGGGGACACGGGCAACCGGGAGACUGAGGGGGACACGGCAAAUCCUCGGGAGACUGAGGGGGAGACACGGGCAAAUCCGGGGAUACUGGGAGACACGGGGUAAACUGGGGACAAUGGGUAACUGGGGUGGCUGGGGAGACACGGGGUAAACUGGGACACAAACCGGGGUGGCUGGGGGACACGGGGCAAACUGGGAGACUGAGGGGGGACACGGGGUAACUGGGAGACUGAGGGGGGACAGCUGGGUAACCGGGGACACGGGCAACUGGGAGACUGGGGCCACAAAAUCCGGGGAUACUGGGGAGACACGGCAACUGGGGACAAAAUCCGGGGACUGGGGGACACGGGGCAAACUGGGAGACUGAGGGGGGACACGGGCAACCGGGGAGACUGGGGGGAUACACGGGGUAAACUGGGAUAAUUGGGGAGACACGGGGUAACUGGGACACGGGUAAACGGGGAUACUGGGGACACGGGUAACUGGGGUGGACACGGGUAACCGGGGACACAAAAAUCCGGGGACUGGGGACACGGGGAGAAUGACAUGGUGGAGAAAUGACACGGCAACGGGGAGAAUGACACGGGUAACGGGAGAAUGACACUGGUAACCGGGGAAUGACGGGUAACGGGGAGAGACACGGGGAGAAUGGCGGGGAGAGAGACAUGGGGUAAACUGGGGCCGAGAGAGACAUCAAAUCGUGGGGGGAGAGACACGGGGUAACCGGGGGGAGACGAGGUAACCAUGGGGAGACUAGAGCUGGUACAUGGGUGGGUCAGAGAAAACAGGGGGGUGGGGUCACACAGGGUAAACAUGGGGAGCUUUGACAUGGCGCACAGGGCAACAGCUGGGUCACUUGGGGGGAGAAUAGGGAGUGCAACAGCUUGGAUAUUGUGCAACUGUACCCAAAACAUGGAGGCUGAUAGGUGGCGGAGGUCAGUAGAAACUGGGGGGGGGGGGGUUUGAGUAGGCAUCUGCUACUGAGAGGGUGCUAUAAAAAGCAGCUGGUACUGAUUCAGGUAGAACUGGUAGAUAUUGGGUUAGGUGGCAGUUGGUACAAAAGGAUAUGGAGCUGGGGGUGAGAGGGACUUGGGGCAGUGAGAUUGCAGAGAGGCUAUCUGUUCUUGGGGUAUCGCUGGUUGUGUCUCAUAGCUUCUAUUGAUUCUGAGAAGCACUCCUUUUUUAGAAUGACUAUUGAAAUAAAUUUGUUUUAUUAUCACAAGGGUCACCAAUUAGAUUAACACACUGCUUCUUAUUGAAACCAGAUAGGAAACCGCAAAUAAACCUGUUUUUUUUCCCAUAACUUUAUUUGUUUGUUGGGUUUUUUUAACUAGAAAAGUUAAAUUCCCACCUGUAAAAGAAACAGAACUUAUUUUUAUUGUAUUGCUGGUAGCUUCACAUUUUUCUAUAUGUGUAUCUUUCAAUUUAUAUAACGUGUCCCUUCUAUUGAAUUCUCUAUUAGUGAGGAAGAUUCAAUCAGUUGAGUGAUCAGGUGCUGUCUGACUUUGGAAACUUUUAUCUGCGUUCGUUAUAUCUCUCUAAUUAGCUCAUACUGAAGGACAAACACUGUUACUCACUAAAGUGAGAAUUGCGGGAAUCUAAAGUGAACUGUAAAUUUAAGGACAAAACAGACAAACUGAAAGGGUAGCUGAUUUGGAAAGUUUUUAAAGUGUGUGUAUGUGAAAAAAAAAUUAAAUAAAUAUAUAUUUUUUUACCAUGUUGUGUUUUGAAGUGGUGAUGGUGCAUGCAGUCUGUAUGUGCAGCAUUUGCGCAGUUCAGAGACCCCGGAAUGUAAGCGGUUAAUGACAAAUUGUGCUUUCAUGCUGAAAAUGGUUAGAAUAUGUGUUUUUCCACAAACUGAGCAGCGAGCACCAGCUGAUCUCUUCCUUCCCCUUUGGGACGGGGGGGGGGUGACACAGGGUGCUAGUUGUGAUAUUUAUUGCACAGGUUGCCUGGGUUCCCUGGAGGCUGUUUGCUGUGCAGAAGAAAUUUGUUUGCAGUUUCUGUUCUAAUUAUACAUAUUAUCCAGUGCUUUCAUUCCUGGCAAGCUGGUGUCUGAUUUUGUUAAAGGGGCUCUCGUCCUCCUUGCAUAGGCUGUGGCGCUCCUCUCUCUACUGACUUUCUGCUUAUAGCUGCUCCAAAUAAUUUCAUCCCAAUUUUAAUGGCAUCAUGGCGAAGAAGAAGUUCACAAGAAGUUGUAUGUGCCCAGUAUCUGCUGUGACUGCUUCCAUGCAGUUAUUCUGUUAUGUAAUACAAUUUUUACAUGAAUUACACACUGCCCAUAUAUCUGUGCAUAAUCUCACUUUAAUUCUGCGUUUUCUUGCUUAUUAAAUAUUGCGUUAUCGAUCUGCUUAUCUUUAAUAAUUUGCCAUCCUGUAAAUCCUAUGACAUUAUGUUUUUAGUUUUGGAAAUUUAUCUGUUGUUUAGAUGGGUGUUUUAUCCCCCACUCCAGCUGUGACAGAACCAUCUGUCUGCUGGAUUUUUGCCCGUUCGUCUGUUUGUCCCCGUUCGUAUGAAUGGCUGGGUUCUAUAGCCCAGCCAUUCGAAUGACUCUUUUUCCCGAACAAAUCUGCCGAACGAACGGCCACCCAAGUGAGGAGUGUGCUGCAGGUUAACAAAGUGAUCACCAUUAUAACGUUGUGGUUAACCGCAGACACUUCUCAAUUAAACCGAACUCAGGGUGGUCGUCGUUCGUAUGUCGACCACGAGGCAGCGGCCAUUUUAAAUCAUGCGAACGCUCAGCGGUGUUUGGCUCUAUUUCUAUGGAACGGAAAACGGACACUUUUUCUGUCGAACACCGCUGAAACAAGGGAACGCCUGGCUGCCUCCACGAAAGCAUGCGAACACCGGCCGUUCGGGAGAUUGAGAGCAUACAAAAGACUUAACCCAGAUAGCCCUCCCAUGGAGUCAUUCGUAUACCGAAAGACUGUAAGAACUUUGACUCCAUGGCGAUUGAACUAUGUGUGUGGGAUCUGAGCGCUAUUCGCUAAUAAUAUGCACUCAGAUCCAGGCUAUCUGGGGACAUGUAAUACGAAUGGGAAAUGUUCAGUUUUCAUGUAGUUAUGCAUUUUUAUGUCUUUUAUUAUUUUAUGUUUAAAAUGGCGACUGUCCUUGUCCUGGAGUUAAUUGAGUUACUUGGUAAUUAACUCCAGGACAGAGGGGAGGGAAUCAGAAUGCACUGUGGGUAAGAGAUGUGACUGUGUGUCAGAAAUGUCCUUCUAUCUGUCUGUAAUUUAAGUCUUCCAUUUGGUCCCCUAGGGGAGUGUCCACCAGGUGGGAGACCUGCAUAAAUACGGGCAGGUAGCCCACAGUAAAACCAGAUCUUAUUUGACCCUCAAUGCGGAGCUUCUGUCUCGUUAUUGGGGGGAUUUCUUCUUCACGGUUAGAGACUGCUGGAUGGAACUUAAGCCGCUUUGGGGAUAUUAUUGUUCGACGGUUCAUAGCAGUUCGUAUAUUGCCGUUCGGGAGUUUGGAGCCGUUCGUGGAUUUCGAUCGGGAGAUUGGCGCUUCCCCUGCAUUUGGUUCGUGGGUUACGGAGUAAGCGAACAGAGACUGUACUGCAGCCGGGGAAGGUUUACUAAACGGCGGUUUGGCUUAAAGACACGGGAGGUGUCUUAACACCAGCAUUACCACAUGUUUCCAAUAUGUCUUGCUUGGUAAUUAUACUCCCGGCAGCCUGAGGUUUCAGGUCGGAAAUGCUGUGAGAUGGAUGCAGGGUACCAAUCCUUGUUCUUGCUGGGAAUGCUGAGAGAUGGAUACAGGGUACCAAUCCUUGCCCUUGCUGAGAAUGCUGAGAGAUGGAUGCAGGGUACCAAUCCUUGCCCUUGCUGGGAAUGCUGUGAGAUGGAUGCAGGGUACCAAUCCUUGCCCUUGCUGGGAAUGCUGAGAGAUGGAUGCAGGGUACCAAUCCUUGCCCUUGCUGAGAAUGCUGAGAGAUGGAUGCAGGGUGCCAAUCCUUGCCCUUGCUGUGAGAUGGAUGCAGGGUGCCAAUCCUUGCCCUUGCUGUGAGAUGGAUGCAGGGUGCCAAUCCUUGCCCUUGCUGAGAGAUGGAUGCAGGGUGCCAAUCCUUGCCCUUGCUGAGAGAUGGAUGCAGGGUGCCAAUCCUUGCCCUUGCUGAGAGAUGGAUGCAGGGUGCCAAUCCUUGCCCUUGCUGAGAGAUGGAUGCAGGGUGCCAAUCCUUGCCCUUGCUGAGAGAUGGAUGCAGGGUGCCAAUCCUUGCCCUUGCUGGGAGAUGGAUGCAGGGUGCCAAUCCUUGCCCUUGCUGAGAGAUGGAUGCAGGGUGCCAAUCCUUGCCCUUGCUGAGAGAUGGAUGCAGGGUGCCAAUCCUUGCCCUUGCUGAGAGAUGGAUGCAGGGUGCCAAUCCUUGCCCUUGCUGAGAGAUGGAUGCAGGGUGCCAAUCCUUGCCCUUGCUGAGAGAUGGAUGCAGGGUGCCAAUCCUUGCCCUUGCUGAGAGAUGGAUGCAGGGUACCAAUCCUUUCCCUUGCUGGGAAUGCUGAGAGAUGGAUGCAGGGUACCAAUCCUUUCCCUUGCUGGGAAUGAGAGAUGGAUGCAGGGUACCAAUCCUUUCCCUUGCUGGGAAUGCUGAGAGAUGGAUGCAGGGUACCAAACCUUUCCCUUGCUGGGAAUGCUGAGAGAUGGAUGCAGGGUACCAAUCCUUUCCCUUGCUGGGAAUGCUGAGAGAUGGAUGCAGGGUACCAAUCCUUUCCCUUGCUGGGAAUGCUGAGAGAUGGAUGCAGGGUACCAAUCCUUUCCCUUGCUGGGAAUGCUCCUGAGAGGGUGGAUGCAGGUGCCCUUACCCUUGAAGAUGGAUGCAUGGUGCCAAUCCUGCUGAGAUGGUUGCCCUUGCUACAGAGAGAGAGAUGCAGGUGCCAAUCCUUACCCACUUGCUGAGAGAUGCAGGGUGCCAAUCCUGCCCUUGCUGAGAGAUGGAUGCAGGGUGCCAAUCCUUUUCCCUUGCUGGGAGAGAUGGAUGCAUGGAUGCAGGGUACCAAUCCUUUCUAGAAUGCUGAGAGAUGGAUGCAUGCAGGGUUCCCUUGCUGGGAAUGCUGAGAGAUGGAUGCAGGGUACCAAUCCUUUCCCUUGCUGGGAAUGCUGAGAGAUGGAUGCAGGGUACCAAACCUUUCCCUUGCUGGGAAUGCUGAGAGAUGGAUGCAGGGUACCAAUCCUUUCCCUUGCUGGGAAUGCUGAGAGAUGGAUGCAGGGUACCAAUCCUUUCCCUUGCUGGGAAUGCUGAGAGAUGGAUGCAGGGUACCAAUCCUUUCCCUUGCUGAGAGAUGGAUGCAGGGUGCCAGAGAUGGAUGCCAACUUUCCUUGCUGAGAGAUGGAUGCAGGGUGCCAAUCCUUGCCCUUGCUGAGAGAUGGAUGCAGGGUGCCAAUCCUUGCCCUUGCUGAGAGAUGGAUGCAGGGUGCCAAUCCUUGCCCUUGCUGAGAGAUGGAUGCAGGGUGCCAAUCCUUGCCCUGCUGCUGAGCUGAGAGAUGGAUGCAGGGUGCCAAUCCUUGCCCUGCUGAGAGAUGGAUGCAGGGUGCCAAUCCUUGCCCUUGCUGAGAGAUGGAUGCAGGGUGCCAAUCCUUGCCCUUGCUGAGAGAUGGAUGCAGGGUGCCAAUCCUUGCCCUUGCUGAGAUGGAUGCAGGGUGCCAAUCCUUGCCCUUGCUGGGAGAUGGAUGCAGGGUGCCAAUCCUUGCCCUUGCUGGGAGAUGGAUGCAGGGUGCCAAUCCUUGCCCUUGCUGGGAGAUGGAUGCAGGGUGCCAAUCCUUGCCCUUGCUGAGAGAUGGAUGCAGGGUGCCAAUCCUUGCCCUUGCUGAGAGAUGGAUGCAGGGUGCCAAUCCUUGCCCUUGCUGAGAGAUGGAUGCAGGGUGCCAAUCCUUGCCCUUGCUGAGAGAUGGAUGCAGGGUGCCAAUCCUUGCCCUUGCUGAGAGAUGGAUGCAGGGUGCCAAUCCUUGCCCUUGCUGGGAAUGCUGAGAGAUGGAUGCAGGGUACCAAUCCUUGCCCUUGCUGGGAAAUGGAUGCAGGGUACCAAUCCUUGCCCUUGCUGGGAAAUGGAUGCAGGGUACCAAUCCUUGCCCUUGCUGGGAAAUGGAUGCAGGGUACCAAUCCUUGCCCUUGCUGGGAAUGCUGAUAUAUAUAAUUUUUUUUUUUUUUUUUUCUGUAAAAGAGAAUGGUUGAUUGUGUAAUAGAAAUUGAAUUUGGAUUUUUUUUAAAUGGUAUUUUUAUGCAAUGUCUGCAUUUAAUCGCAUAUUGAUGGUGGCUAUUAGUCUUUUUUCUGUGCCUUCCUGGUCACCGGCUGAGGUUUGAUGUCUAGAUGUGUUCUGAUUGGAUGGAAACAUCGAGCAGCCAACCAAUCAAGAUGCAACUUUCAAAUCAAGUGUUUUCCUGGUGUCUCCGUUGAAGUGCAGGGUUUUUAAUAGCCGCAAGUCUACUGUAUUUGAGAAUUUAUUUCAGGCGACCCCAAUAGAUCUUUUAUGAAAUUGUACACAAUAUGAGUGUGAAACUUGUCGGAAGUCAUUUUUAAACUCUCUGUGUAUAAUAGUUGCAAUAGACCUAUAGCUAGGAAUACUCCCGUUUUGAUUGGAUGAAAACAGCGGACAGCCGAUCAAAAUGCAGAAACUGUUACAAUCCUGGUUUGCGUCCUCAAAUCCCUUCAAUGGAAAUAACAAAGCAAUGGCUGCCCCCAUCUCUUUACCUGUAACUGCUGCCCGGGUGGAGGGAGCUCUGAAGGAAUACCUAGUGUGACAUUUUAUUUGCUUAACUCACAGGUUCAUAGGUCAGAUAAAUAGCACACAGUACUUUGUCCUAUCCUACACGCUGGCGUGUGCGUAACACUCCAUGGACUGUCUAAACAUGUUUGAUAAUAAAGCUUUGCUAGUUCUGAAUGGUAAUGAUGUUUGGGUGGUGUUUCUCCUGUAAAACAUGAUGUCUAAUUAUUUGUUGGCAGGUGUGAGUCACUGUGUAAAUCCACGUUCACUGAGCAGAGUAAAGUUUGUGGUUCCUUUCACUGUCUGAUUUUGCACGUUCUGUGUCUGGUGAUUGUACAUAUAGUUUUGCUCAGUGGAUUUAAAACUGGUAAUUCUACAUGCAGCUCUCUGUUUCCAGUCAGAUGGGUUUAUUCACUAAAAGGAUAUAUGUGAAGAAUAUUAGUUUAUGUAACAUUAUAUAAGGGAUCUGGAUGGAGUAGGAGUCUGUUGUACAGGUCAUGUAUACAGGAUUAUAUAGUUUACACAGGUCAUGCCACAUUAUAUUAAGCGUUUUCUGUUCCCAAGCAUGUUUUAUAAUGGUCUUUAUCUUUUUUCAUUAUUCUAGGUGUGCUUUGAUUGUGGUGCAAAGAAUCCCAGCUGGGCGAGUAUCACAUAUGGCGUCUUCUUGUGCAUUGAUUGCUCAGGGACACAUCGAUCUCUUGGGGUUCACUUAAGCUUUAUUAGGUAGGUUUGGCGUUGGUAGGUUUACUGCAUCAUGAUUAAAAAGAUCACCAUACCCUUAUACCUGCUAUUAAAACACACUAUGUGCGUGGAGACACAGGGGACCUCCUUACACCAUAACCUUAUAGCUGCAGUUAUAAUACACUGUGUGCAGGGAGACAGGGGACCUCCUUACACCAAAUCUUUAUAGCUGCAAUUAUAAUACACUGUGUGCGGGGAGACACGGGACCUCCUUACACCAUAACCUUAUUGCUGCAGAUAUAAUACACUGGAUGCGGGGAGACAGGAGACCUUGCACCAUAACCUUAAAGCUGCAGUUAUAAUAUACUGUGUGUGGAGAGACAAGGGACCUCCUUAUACAAUAACCUUAUAGCUGCAGUUAUAAAUACACUGUGUGCAGGGAAACAGGGGACCUCCUUACACCAUAACCUUAUAGCUGCAGUUAUAAUACACUGUGUGCAGGGGGACAAAGGUUUUGAAAUGCGGACGUGUGAAAAUUAUACAUCUCUAAAGGCAGAUUCGCUGCUGAUGAAAAGAAAGGGGGAGCAUGUUCUGUGAAGGAUAUUUUAAGGGUCACUCUAGUGUCCAAAUUUUUUUUUUUUUUUUAUAAAAAACACUGUUUAGUAGAUAUGCCAUCAGUGAGAACAUCCAUAUAUGCAAUCAAAUUUGUUUUGUAAAUGAAGAGGACACAUUCUUCACAUAGGAAACAUUUCAGCAAGCUAAAGUGGUUUAGGUGUUUGGAAUGUUCCUUAAACUUUAGACCCCUAGUUUGUUUAGUUCAUUGAGCUGCAUUGGGAAGUCUGUGAUUGGACAGUGGGGUGGGGGGAGGUUAGAAAUAGGUUUGCAAAGGCUGCAGCAAAGAGAUCUGCAGCUUUUGUAAGCUGAUUUUAGAUAUACACCCAAUGAGGAAAAAUGCAUAAUUAAAUGCUGGCAUGUUUUUCAUUGGGGUAUAUUUUAUAUUCUGUGUAGAUGUAAAUGGCCAAUAGUUUGUGAGCAUUUGUUUCGAAGUAACAAUCUUUUACAUUCUAUGUAAUGACAGAGGUUAUAUGGCAGGCAACUUUCACCUUCUGGAUAAACAAGUCUCGUCACUCUGUGUUCUGAUUUCACCUUCUGGAUAAACCAGUGUUUCAUGGCUUUCAGGGUUAUUUACCAAUGUGAGAAUUCAUAGUGAAUAUUUCAAAUUAUGGGUCACAGUAGCCGAACUGAUGGCAUAGUUCACUUGUUUUUAUUUUUUUAUUAAAUUAGUGUUGAACUUUCACUUUUAAUAAAUGAUGGUUUCCUCACAAUGUGUUCGAAUUUCAGAUAAAUAAUAUAAAAUUAAGAUUACAUGUUUCUCUUCUAUGGAAUUUCCCAAUAUGUUAAAAGUAAAUGUUUGUAAUUGUGCAGAUGUUUCUUGUCUGGUUAAGCAGAUUGUGGAAUCCAGUAAAAUGUUCUUUAUAAAAUGCGAAGUCGAUCUCUUUGUAGAUGCCAUUUCCACUUGAACUAAAAUGUUCUAUUUUCUGUUUAGAUCGACAGAGCUGGAUUCCAACUGGUCGUGGUUUCAGCUCCGGUGUAUGCAAGUAGGAGGAAACACAAACGCAGUGAGUAUUUUCUGCAUGUGUUAAACUUGCUACUGCCGGGUGGCUAAUUUGUCAUAUUUACUAUUAUUCUGCCUUCUGUUAGCUAUGUAUGAAAACCAUGCAUUAGCAUGUGUACUUAAAAGAUGGUCACAUCUUUAAUUCAAAUCGGUGGAUCAUUAAAAUAAUGCAGUCUAUAAUGGAACGUCUCUAAACCCACUGUGCAUAUAGUUCCACAUAUAGGAAAAUGAUUGUAUGUUUUAAGUGUCAAGAGGGGAAUCGGCCAUAGCUCACACAAGGCUAAAACAAUAGUCUUCUCAUAGGGAAAGUAAAUCUCUUUAAGGGACGACCUAUGCACCAAAGCCAACACAUCUUACUAUAGUGGUUUUGGUGCAGCAUGCUAAAUGUACACAUUAGAUUUGUUGUUGGUUAGACUGCCUCUAGUGGCCGUCAUUAAAAGCUGUUCCUCAUGAAGACUUUUUGUGUAAUUAAAAGCUUGGCUAGUGACACAGGGCUUCAGCUUUGAAAUCAUUGCUUCUCGAAUAGAAACAUCUGUUUGGCUAAGCCUGCCUGGUCCCCAUGCUUUUCUUUUCUUUUCUUUUUUAUGCCUUUUUUUUUAAUAUAAUUUUUUAUUUUUAUUGUGCUUAUGAAUGACUACAGGUAUGCUCACAAUGUCACAACAACAUUAGUAAGCUAUCUUAGUGUGAUACACAGAAAAACAUUGGUAUGACACUUGCAGAAACAGCACAUUUUUAGGCAAUAUAAAAAAAGCAAGAUUCAAGCUAUGCAGUUAUGUCUAAGAUGGUGAAUAUUCAUAUGAUUUAUAUGACCGAAGAGCAAAUAUAUCCAUGGGUAUUACGUGGUAUAGUGUUGCCGUGCCUAACAAAAAACUGGCUGGUUUAUAGGUCUAACUGAUAGAGGUAAGACCUAGUCAGAAUAUUCACAUAACUAAACUUGUUAGACGGGAAAAGAAGAGUAAAUCGAUAAAAUGUGAUAUAGUAUGCAGAUCAUUUGGGUUAACUGCACCCGUUAUUAUAUAUCAUGUUGAACCAAUACCUCUAUUCGUUUAGCUUUGCUCUAGGCUUGAGAAGCCUGGCCCACAUCAGAUUCGAGUUUUUCUGUAAGGAGUUAGGGUGGGUGCUUAGGUAACCAGUCACGUAUCUACUCAAAUAAGGGUAUUAACCCUAGCGAAAGCACAGCGUUAUAGCUUUCCACUGGUGUCUGAGUUACUAUACUACUGCAUUAAGUAUGAAUACAUAUUGGCACGUAUGCUAGGGACACAUUGAGUAUAUUCAUCAAGGCUAUAUCUUAUUGCGUUAUUAGUAAUUGAUACCACUGGGUUUGAGAGUGUUCAGGUAAUGAACCGGUAACCUAGGUUGUCGGGUAGAAGGAGCCGAAUCGUGAUCUCAUUGAGUUCAGCCUAUGUCCUUCAUACAGUGGACAGCGUCUUGGCAAGCGAUGCCCCUCAGUUUCCCAGCCAAGAUACAGUCCCAGUAACUGGUUCCCCUGUUGCGUUGCUAGUUGAGCUUGGUGCCCAUUGCCGGGCUGCUCACUCCCACGUUAGCGAGAUUCCCCAGCUCGAUAGAGGCGGUGAGUGUGGGGGACUCCUUUGAGGACCCGCGGCCCGGUGAGGGAGCGGUUCAGGGCGUUGUGCCAGCUGGGUCUGUGGUGUAGUCGAUGUGCCUGCCUCCGGUUCCCCACUUUCAGCAUUGCGGCAGGGGCGUGCUCGAUGGCUCUCUACCGUGCGUCGGUUCGGGCUGGGACGAAGCCGCCAUGGGAACACUUAGUCGUCGAUGCUGUUCUCGGAUUGGCAUGGUAGUGGUGCCUGAGCGAUGGGCUAUACGGGCCCAGAAAUCCUGGCAGACCCUGUUGAAUCUCAUCUCAAAGUCUUGUACCUGGUCUCUGGGUUAGCUGUGCUUAACAAAAAUGGCGGGCUGGUGGCCAUCUUUGAGUCGCCAUGUGGCUCCAUGAGCGGUAAAGUCCGGGGGCCACUGGAGCUUCGAUAGUGAUCCCAGUGGGGACCGAGAUAUCCUCCACCGCUCAGGGUGGGGUGGGUGUCAGGGCCGAAAGAGGUCUAUUCAGGAUGUUCGGCACUCGGCUGGAGAUCUGCUGCCUCUCCUAGGUAGGAGGCCUGCUAUCCCGGUAGGUCACUCAGCAAGACUGCAGAUCAUGCUUGCACAAAUGGAGUUUUGGGAUACUCAAUGUCUCCUCUUUGUUAGUUGCGGUCUGUGCUCGGUGUAAAGUUAUUUACGAUUUUUCCUUUGUUGAUUUUGCUUGGCAAAGCUUAUUCUUGCAGGAGCUCCAAGCAAACACGUCUGGCCUGCUUGAGUCAGUCUCCCCCCAUGCUUUUCUUAUAGUAGGAGCACUAACAUUAAAAAUAUAUUUAUCAGCAUUUUUUAACAUUAGUGCUAAAUUUUGGAAUAGGUAAUCGUGCAAUUCUAGUUCUGGCAGGACUUCUCUCGAUUCUGUUAUAUUUUGCGUGCUGCAUGUCCGGUUUUCAAUCUGUCGCUGGAGUUUACUUGAUUUACACGUUUUAACCUUGUGAGUAGAAGUUUGUAUUUUGUUUGGCUUGCACAACAGGAAAAGCAACAAAAAAAGUCGGCCUACGGUUUAGUAGGAGGAAAUAAACACCUCAAAGCAUAGGAGUUCAAAAAAAAUAAAAAAAUUCCCACUAAAAAAAAUAAAGAUUGCGUAUCCAGAUAAUGUAAAUAAGUGGUAAACUGACAGUUAUCCUUUUUGAUAUAAUAUUUGUUUCCUGAGUUAUUCCACAGCACCACUGAAAAAUGCACGUGUGUGUGUGUGUGUGUGUGUGUAUAUGUAUAUGUGUGUGUGUGUGUGUGUGUAUGUAUAUAUAUAUAUAUAUAUAUAUAUAUAUAUAUAAAAUUUUACUAUGAAUAAAUAGCAUGAUGUCUGAAUUUUUCAACAGACUAUCUUCUUUCGCCAACAUGGAUGCUCAACAAACGACGCCAAUGCAAAGUACAACAGCAGAGCAUCCCAGCUUUAUCGGGAGAAAAUAAAGUCCCUUGCAACACAAGCAACCAGAAAGCAUGGCACAGAGGUAUGUAUGUAUAUUUCUAAAUUUAUGUAUAAAUUAAAUAUAAAAAAGGUAAACUAUGCUCUCAUAGGCUGACAAUAUGUCUCCAACAAAAAUCACAUUUGUUCUUUUACACCUAUACAUUUACGCAACUUGUCACUGAACAUCAUACACACACACACACACACACACACACACACACACAAGUGUAUGUAUAUGUAUGUGUGUGUGUGUGUAUGAUGAUCAGUGACAAGUUGCGUAAAUGUAUAGGUGUAAAAGAACAAAUGUGAUUUUUGUUGGAGACAUAUUGUCAGCCUAUGAGAAGAUAGUUUACCUUUUUAUAUUUAUUUUAAUUAGAACUAUAUAACCAUUAACAAGCAACUGGAAAAUAAUGGAUUUCUUUUAUGGACUGCACAAAAGUGUUAACAGCUUCAUAUCCACUAUAUGGCAAUAAUAUUGGGCCUCUAGCAGUGACAGAUCUAAUCUGCUCUGAGAACACAUUAUAAAAUAUGAUUUCCAGUAAUAUUAUUUGGGAAUGAAUUAUGGAGUGUGCAAUAACACAUCAGAGAGAUAUAAACUUUGCGUAUUCACUGUACAGUUGGCAAUCUUAAAAUGAGACCUCCUGGUUCCGUCAGAGAGGAUAUACCAAGCAGACAGACUAACCUGACUAUCAGCAUGUCUUUCAUUAAUAUGAAUAUAUAUUUAUAAUGCUUUUUAUGAUUGUAAAUUCAAGCAAUAAUUUUUUUUCAUUCCAUUAAUCCAUUCACAAUAUCACUCUCUCCUAGAGGUUUCCGAAACAUUGUUUUGGAUAAAUAUUGUAGCUGAUGCUUGGAUUUGCAGUUUUCAAAUUUGUCAAUGCAAUGUAUCUGCAGAUAUAAGAUGUUAUAAAAUAAACUCAGAGUUUGGUGAAAUGCCUCAAUCCCAUUCUUAUUUCUGCAAAUCUAUGUGUAUAGAAUCGGCACUUUUACACCUGUGCUAAGUUUCAGCCAAUGGUUUUUAGGGCAAUAGAUUUGGGAUGUUGGCGUAUAUUGCUUGAGGUUUAUGGUUCCCUCAGUGGGUGAGAGAGCCUAUAAUGUUUGGGAAUAUUUGAAUGAAAUUCUUUUGUCUGUGGAUAAAAAAAACAAAUGCUAAAUAUAACCUUAAAUAUAAAGCAGAAAAAGAAAUGACAUAAUCAGUAUCAUAAUCCUCGUAGAGCGUAUGCGUGUGUACGUAUAUUAAAAACAAAUUCUAAUAAAUAUAUAUAUUGUGCGUACGUACUAGAAAUGUUCUUGUGAGAAUGGGAAUCUAGACUGCAGAAUAAAUGAAAUGGCUGCAGUUGUGGUCAGUUGAGGGGGUUAUUUUAAUUAAACUGCGCAAUCAUUUGUGAAUUUGCACCAAAAUAAGCAUCAUAGCAAAUAAUGUUAGUCGUGGACCAUUACAAAGAGUAACGAGAGAACCCUGUAGAUGUUGUUGUAUUAUACAUAGCUGUGCAAGCAUGGUAAGUUAGUUUAUACACAGAAACAUUUUCAUAUUUCAGCAUAAACAAUCUGAACAAAGUGUGAGGGGUAAAUAUAUAAUAAAACCAAGAUUAUAUGGGUGAUUGUGUGAACUGAUAAAGACAAGUGUUGGGGGUCAUCACUGUUACUGUAAAGGAUGAUUUAUUAAAUAAAAAAAAUACUGUGUACGUUUACUUUUUAGUUAUCCUUGAAAAUUAGAAUGUACGCAAAAUAGCUGUUUUGUUUAUUCUAAUGUCGUUGCUGAUUUUAAAAAUAAAUAAAAACACAACUAGUGAUGAGGUUGAAAUGAAGGCAGGUUCUCUGUGACACUAUAGUGAAGUAGUGAUCGAACACUUCCAACUACGCCUUCACUGUAUGCAUAGAUCAGAUGAGUAACUAUGCUUUGUGUCUCUACAGCUGUGGAUCGACGGGUGUGCGGUCCCACCCCAUUCACCCCAGGCUAAAGAAGAGGACUUCUUUGCACAUGUAGAGGUACGGCAAAAUAAUUAACAUUCUGUCUCAGAGGUCGCAGAUUCUCCUGACGCGCAAUUAGUGUUUUCUAUAUUUCAAAUUUUUUUUUUUUUUUUUUUUACAGUCUGCAUACCCUGCUCUACAUCAGGUUUUAUAUGGGGUUUAAACAGAACAAGUGCAGUACAAUUUACCUAGCGUGUCUUAUUGCACACGGAAAGCUUUGUAUUAUCCUAUUCUAUCACUGCUGUAGUUAGGGCAGUAUUUGUGCACUUGGGUGGGUCACUGCGUACAGCGGGGUAAUUCAGGAAGAAUGUCCUACCUGGUGCAACAUGACCUAGUACUGGCUUAGUUCUGUCCUUUUCUGAAAUUACAAGAAAAUGGUAUUUCUGUAUAAAGAGCAGUUUAGGUGAAAGUUGUAAAUAUGAAGAAAUAAAUGGGAAAAAAUAUUUGCUGAUCGGUCUGUUGCAUUUUGUGACGUACAGGUAAAUAACAGAUUUUAAUGAUUUUUGUCGUGUAGCAUGUUAAAACACUCUCGAAACAAAAUAAAUCUGUAUUCAUGUAUAUCGAUUAUGGCAACUGAUAAACUGUGUGCGGUAGAGACUAAACCGAAUAUAUGCAGAACAUUUAAACAAUACACUUGCCAGUAUUUUGUCGAUUUGUCAACUUGCGCUGUGACUUUAAUAAAUACUAUACGGUCCUGACUGCAUAUUAUAAAAGGCUGAAUACCGUGUUAAAUGAAUGUAAUUUUAGAAUAAGUGUGACAAGUAUACUAAUUUCCCAUAUAUUCUUUUAAUCAUUUGAGGUCUUGUAAUAAACGUUUGUUGAAAGCUCUCCUUUCUCCGAGCAGGUUAGUAAUACAGAAUGGUCUACACCACAAACACCGGCGAUCUCUCUAUUAGAGAACCCUCCAGAAAGUGUCUCUGAGACCACUCAAGGUAAAACAUUUCUUCAGCUACUGCCAAUUUAUACCCCUUAUGACAAAUCCUUAAACAGGGACAGAAAUAUCACCUUCCAAACCUUUACUUUGUGUGUAAAAUUCCUCUUCAUUCUAAAUGGGUUGAAUCUUAGCGUUUCUCUACCUGGAUAAAAUGUAAAUGCACAUCCCUGUGUGAUGAACAAUGCAGACUGCAUAUAACAUAAAGUUAAAUAAUCAGAACAGCCCAGGAGAGUGAUGGAAAACUAAAAAUAAUUAUCUGGGUAUCUGCACCAACCCCUCCCACCGCCACGCCCAAAAUCAAUAAUGACUUGCAUGAUAAACUUGAAGGUUUUGAGGGCAAUGCAGAUUAUACUGGUUGCUCCCCAUAAUUAACUCUACAGGAAUAGCUCCUACAGAAUGUUUUCACAUAGCUGCAGGGUUCAGUAUUCAGUCUAUAGAGAGCUGCAGGGUUCAGUGUUCAGUCUAUGGAGAGCUGCAGGGCUCAGCUUUCAGUCUAUGGAGAGCUGCGGGGUUCAGGGUUCAGUCUGUGGAGAGCUGCGGGGUUCAGGGUUCAGUCUGUGGAGAGCUGCAGGGUUCAGUCUGUGGAGAGCUGCAGGGUUCAGGGUUCAGUCUGUGGAGAGCUGCAGGGUUCAGGGUUCAGUCUGUGGAGAGCUGCGGGGUUCAGGGUUCAGUCUGUGGAGAGCUGCAGGGUUCAGUCUGUGGAGAGCUGCAGGGUUCAGUCUGUGGAGAGCUGCAGGGUUCAGUCUGUGGAGAGCUGCGGGGUUCAGGGUCAGUCUGUGGAGAGCUGCAGGGUUCAGUCUGUGGAGAGCUGCAGGGUUCAGUCACAACAGUACAUUGUCUAUUCUUCUGUUUAAAAUGGUUUUCGUAUUUUAAUUUUUUAGGUGAACCAGAGCUUGGUCCGAGUGUGGAUCUUCUCAGCAUGUCCCCAAAAGCCUCACUAGGUAAUAUAAAGAUUUACUUUUUGAUGUUUAAAAAAAAAAAAAAGCAGAGUAAAAUAUUUUUGCAAAUCACUUAAAACCCCUUUCUGCAGCAACCCGCUGGUUCGUCAAUCUGUACAAUUUGAGAGAGCCUUUUAUUCCUAUGUAAUUUCAUUUUUUUGUUCAUCCCACGCUAGUUGGUGUGGAAUGCUUCGGCCAUUGAAACUUAUUCACAAAAUUUUAAAGAACUUGCCAUUUAAAAAAAAUUUGAUCUAACAUUUAUUAUUGGCAUUCAUAAAGUGCCGAGAUACUUCGCAGUGCAAUAUAAACAGACCAAUACAAACAUAAGAGGACCCUGUCUGUAAGCAGAAAUGUAGCUGUUAAAGUACUGUUUAUAACGUGCCCUAGUUAGGUAGCCCAUGAGCUUACAAUCUAAAUUAAAAUGAGGUAGAGACAAGGUAGCAGGAGGAAUCUGAUGGUGAUUGCCAGAGUGAAUUAAAGAAUAUUUGCAGCCACUGGUAAGUUGUUAAAUGAGAUGAGCAGGUAGGUGAUCUUGAGCAGCAGCUGGAGACCUAUAAAAUAAGAAGGAAACUGUGUCCGUAGUGCUGGAUGAUAAUGGAGUUGAUGUUUUUCUCUGUUGUAUUCUGUUCUCCACAAUUCCUAGUUUAGUGAAUAAUAUCUAUAAUAUACGUGUCUGAGAAGGGAUCCCGUAUAGCUUGACAUUAAGUACUGUUCAGGAACAUGGCACAAUGUAUCCCAGGUUUGUUACUAGUAUCUGCGCUAAGGUCCACGACCAGAUCCACAAUGCAUAGAAUGGGUUCUCUUGUAUUGAAGGUAAACCUUGUUUCCCUGCAGAUAGACCCAGACAGGGUGGUCCCUAUUCCUAGAAGAUUUUCAUUCAGAAUGUCUGUAGCUCGCGUUGUUCCUUGGUAUUGUGAUAAAGUUCUAAUAUUCCAUAUUCAGAGAUGUUUGUUCUUUUUCAUAUUUCAGCCGAUGCAGGAAGCGCACCUUGCAAAGGUGAAAAUUACCGAUACUUGCCUGCAAAUUGCUUUAAUCUUUUCCUUCUUACAGCCUCCCAGCGCCUUGAUCGAUGCCUGCUGUGUGAUGCAGACAGCUGAGUCUCUGUGCUCUCUUUACUGCGCCCGCUCUGUGUGCAGACUGGUGACUGUGAUUGUUACUAUAGAGUGAAAUAGGGGUUUGGGAAACUCACACAGUGAUGCUGAAAUUACCUCAAUUUAUAUACAGUACAAAAAAACAUACGGUUUCAGAUCUUUGCAAGAUAUUUAAAGGAACCCAUCAAGCACCAUAACUGCUACAGUGCUCAUUGGUAGCUAUAGUGCUCUAGCACCCCCCCUUUGUAAGUAGUCAGUUUGUUAGUCUGCCUGCGCAGCUCCCCACCUCCACUUCAGUCCUCAAAGAAGCAAUGAUUCUUAUUUAGAAGAUUCCUUUCGCUCUCCUGUGCCAAGUCCCCCAGCACACAGCUGACAGCAUCACGUGAUCUAAUCAUUGCACUCUGUGCUUAGCCCAGGCAGCUUCUGGCUCUCUAAAGGCUGUAGUGGAGUCGGGCAACGACUCCCAGCAGACACCAGGUAAGAAGUCUAACCAUUCUAAAAUGUUUCGACUACUCGCAUUGUGGGGUGCCUGGGUAGUCCUGACACCAUAACCACCGCAGGGUCCAGUCAUGGUGCUCAGAGACUUCCUUUAGCAUUAUUCACUAAACUCCAAAUUGUAGCAUUUUAAAGUCUAAAUGGCAAAACUGAGAUGAAAGCCGGUAAUCUGGCAAUUUUUCCAAAUCUUUGAAAUACUUAGCUUUUUGGAUUUUAAUUUUCUACAGUUUGUACGUUGCUAAAGAAUCCUGUGUGUGACCAACACCCCCCUAUAUUUUAUUUUCUAUCCCCCCUAAUUUAGAGUAAAUAAUGUUUUUGGGGCGUGGUUGCUUCCAGUUCAUGGCACAAUGAUCAGUUACUAGUCUGUGGAGCAGAGUGGCAUAUCUGUGUCUUGCUGUGUGGUACAGAGUGGUGGCACAGCGGUAUGCCCCCGCUGGGUGCAGCAGAGUGGCGUCUCUAUUGGCCUUCGCUCUGUGGCACAGAGUAACCGCUCAAUGAUCGGUGCCUGCUUUUUGCACUCAAUAUAUUUCUUAUGUUCUGUUCCUCACUUUUCCGCAGCAUGAAAAUUUUCAUUUAAAUUAAGAUGCUGUAUGUUUGCUGUCCCCACUCCCCACCACAUCAGACUCCAUCCUCACAUUAUGUUCAUAAAAAUCCAAAAUUCAGAGAUUUACUUUUAAUAUUGUGUAACAUAGGUCACGUGCUACUUUGUAACAUUGGGAUAUCCAUAGUCCUCUAUUGUCUGUAAGGGUCCAUGCCCCCUCUAAGCCUCUGAUCCGAGCAGUAAGAUAGACCGGCUGCUGACUGUAGACUAAUCUGGGAACACAGCGGCUCACACUGGAGGGAGGACAAUUAAUCAAAACCCCCAAUAUAUUCACGAACUGGAUAUGGACAUUUCAACUCUUCAAAGUAGCAUAUAUAAAUAUAGAUAUUUUUGAGAUUUACAUCAGGUUUAUUUCAUUAUCCAUGCCAGAAAAAUAAUUUGCUAUUUAUUUUUGAGAAAAACCGUUUGCUUUUUCCUUUUACACCUGAGCUGUCAUUAAAAAUGGAGGGUUGGUAUAUUAAAUCCUUCACAAUCUUGUCACACAUUUAAAUAUAUUUUUGUGAAUUGCCGAAAUACCUGUGACUUGCAUAGAUGCCUAAUUCUGCCUGUAGCCCCUCAUUACGCAUGGUCCUUGUCUCCGUGAGGUUCUAGACCCCAAAUCUUUUAAGUAUAUGGAUGUCCUUUUUGGUGAGUGUGACAAUUGAUUCUUGGCUCCCAGUAAAGGUUAUUGUAGAUUUGUGUUGGAUUUGUCAAAAGAAGUGGUUGUGAGAUUGGUUUAAAACAUACAGUUAAUGUCUGCUGUUCAGUGCCUUGGCUUGAAUAAUAAUAGAACCAAAAUGGUUGCUUUUACCGUGAAUUCUACAUCAAUGUCAAGUCUCUGUCAUUGAUGCAUAUGGAUCUUGAUGCUAGACGUUACCCCACGUGUGUUUACUCUGAAUAACCUGUGUUUAUUCAUUACAGAAACUGGAUCCAUUAUUAAAAAGAAACCCACCUCGACAAGGAAAGGGGUAAGUACUUUAUUUUAUUUUUUCUUUCAAAAUAUUUUUAUUCAAGAUGGGAUUAUAGACCAAAAAGUAUCAAGAUGAAUACAGUGGUAGAGUUUAUAUACAAUGUAUAGAGCAAGGCCACAUAGUAACACCUGUUGUUUUACUUUCUAAUUGUCCUCAUUUGAAGUGGUGAUGGUGCCUGGAGUCUGCGCAUUGCUUCAUGAUGGCGUGCAGCACAUACAGAGUUUAACCCCUUCGCUGCUGGAGGUGUAACUCCAUUGCUGGCAGAAUCAUUGGGGUUCCAUUAGCCUGCCCAAAACAAGAUAUUCUGAGCAAAAUUAUGGUUUGGCCAGCCAAUAGAGGUACGCCCUCUGUGUGGCCUCCUCCCCCUACAUCUCUCACCCUCAAACUUUUUGAGGGGGAAAGGGGUACCCAUGCUUUCUUAAAACACUUUUAACCCCUUAAGGACCAAACUUCUGGAAUAAAAGGGACUCAUGACAUGUCACACAUGUCAUGUGUCCUUAAGGGGUUAAAGGGAGGAUGUGCCCCAAAACCAAAUGUUAAAGGGACACUAGUCACCCAGACCACUUAUAUUAAUGUAGUGCUCUGGGCGCAGUUGUCCUAUCCUUUUUCUUUUUUUACUAUGCAAUGUUUUACUUUGUUUAAACCUUUUUUAAAAUUUUUAUAGCAAGAGGAGAAUGGGGGAGGGCUAUAUAGAUCUAGGAACAGGGACACUAUAGUGUUACCUAUACAAACCUGUAAUGCUAUAGUGUCCUUUAAAUAAGUUGCAAAACUCCAAUGAUGCUCUGCCAGUUUUAGGCUGCUGCUGGACACCCAGGCUGAGCGAUAUAUACAUCUAUCUCUUUAACCCACCGUUUGGGGGAUUUUGUUUUAUUUUUUUUGUUUAUUUUACUUCAGCUUGGAGGCAAAAAAACUGGCCUCGGCGCUCAGAAAGUGAGCAGCAAAAGCUUCAAUGAGAUUGAGAAACACGCCCAGGCUGCAGAAAAACUGAAGGAAAAAGAUGUGGCCGUCUCCACUCCAAAGCCAGAAGAAGAUAUGUAAGUUUACCACAAUAAUUUUCUCCCUGCUAAAACGUAAAUUGUUAUAGAAGAUCAUGUUCCAUUCUAUUUUCCUAAUACCACAACUGUGAAUUUAUAAUGGCCAUAUAGUCUCCUUCUAAGACGGCAUAUCGCUAAUAAAAUAAACGCAGUCUAAGUACCAAUGUGAGCACUCCCCCUGCGUAAGCUGAAUUGACCUGAAUUAAGGGACUACUGGGCAAGGUUUUUUGAGAGUAAUCAACAUUUAGUGCUGCUUGUGUUAACCAGGAAUCGGUUUUAAUUCUGUAUAAAUGUUACAUUCUGCGAGUUGCAGUAGGAGGUGUCUGCAAUAUCUGUAGGCAACCAAAUCUUAAGAUUUACAAAGUUUGAUAACACAUUUGCGUCCGCAAACUGUAACUGAAAAAUAAAACCUAUUCUCCCAGAUAUUUAACUCCCUCAUAUUCAUGGUUUUAGGGUCGGUUCUUUACGUCUGGCGUACAAAGAACUGGAAAUCCAGAAACACAAAGACGACGAGAAACUCAAAAAUAUGCCUGCCAAGAAAAAGGCUGAUGCAGAGCGGCUUGGCAUGGGGUUUGGCAAUCGAAGGUACUGUAAGCUCCUAUUCUGUUCACAUUAAUGAAUUUUAAAUGUCUGUAUAUGCAUUGUACAGUGCUGUGUAAUAUGUUGGCACUGCAAUUAUUGAUCCUGCCACUGGAGGGUGCUCGAGCACACUCAGUGCGUGAAAACCUACAAAUGGACACAUGGCUUUACAUCAACUGUCAGUAGUUUAUUUUGUACUGAAAAUACCCAACACUUCAAUUUACUUUUGCAACUCCCACUCCCCAUUUCAAAUACCUAUUUGCUGAGAGUGAUGUGUGUACACAUCCAUAUAGUAAAUAUAUUUAAAUUAGAAAUGCUAAAAUGCAACAAGAGACCCUUUAUUUCAACCAAAAAUAACCACAACCCGGAUAGUCAAUCACUGCCGCAAACCACAGGAGAAAAUGUUUAAAUCGAAUUAUUCAGAUUUAACUUUACUGUCACUGUGCCAUGUACAUACAAGGCAAUGAAACAGUUUGUCCAUGAACUGCAGCAGCAAUUUAUAAAAAAAACGAUUUAAAAAAUGUGCAUCCAAUGUAAGCUCUUGCAAUCCUUCAUUAAUCCCAAUUUCCAGCCUAAAAAUACAUUGUUGUUGUACAGUAGGGCCGUCAUCUAGAGAUUGAACAUUCCUAUCCCAUAAGACUUCUGUAUCUGUGUUAUAAGUGUGCCAACUUCCAUACAGUUAUUUCCUAGUGCAGACCAGGGUUCCACCAUAGCUAAUGUUUGCACCAAUAUAGACACUAAGCGUAUCCCACUCUCGACCUUCAUAUACAGAGCUGCUAACGGCACGGUGAGACGGUGGAGAAUUAUGACGAAAUGGGUCUUCCCACAAUAGCCUCAGUUUUUCAUUUAUUUGAAUCAGAAAUGAUUCUGAAAGAUUAGAAAAUUUUUCAAAUUAUUUGUCAACAGAAGUCACUGUUAAACUCUACUAGAAUUUUUGUAAAUAAAUCUUCAGAAACGUUCUUAUAACCAAUUCUGAUCAUAUUAAAGUUUUAUUAAAUUGAGGUCAGUGUCGGCAUCAGUAUGUUUAUUUGGCCAGUUUUUAAUUCUAGGUUUGUGUUUUGGUUUUCUGGCAUAUUUACAACCCUCCUUCUCUUCCCCCAAUGAUGAAAUGGAGGGCCAUUAAAGACAAGUAUUUAUUCCUAAGAAUUUAUUUUUGCAUUAUUUUUUUUUUAAACUAAUUUUUUGUUUUUUUCUUUCACAGUGGGAUAUCACAUUCUGUACUUUCUGAGAUGAAAACAAUUGAACAAGAAGCUCCGAAAAAUGCAAAACCUAAGAAACCAUAUCCAGAAGAAGAACCUGAUGAUUUCUUUUUCAAGUCCUCCCGCUCACGGUAAGAAAAUAACAUCAGCCUUUUAAAUCAACCCAGCAGUCAGUUUAUUGGACGUACAACAGUAAUGAUCAACGUUUUCCCUACCAUGAUAAUGUGAAUUUAAACCUGACUGACUGGAAUGCCAUAGUGCAGCGUAAAAACCAGUGUGGGAUGUGCAGGCAGUAAAAGCUUGGUUACCGGUAACAAUGAAUGAAUCCUGGCAGAUAUCUAUAGAUCCAACGCCUGACAAACACACAGCAUGGAUCUGAAUGUCAGUGAAAGCUUCAUGGCACAUCCACGGUUAAAAUAUAGUGGGGUUCUGUUGGGUCGCUACAACUUCUACAGGCUCCUGGCCUCUCUUCGCAAGUCGCCUCCCUCAAGAACAGAUUACUUGGGAUGUGGGUAAUAGCGAACUAUUUGCGCACACACAAGGGUCUCCAACUACCUUUCAAGGUUUUCCACAGAAUGUAUUUUAUUCCAGGGUUUUAGAUCUAGCCGUUACACCCUGGCGGUCUCCAUUGCCUAUAGUCACAUGUUUUGCAGUUCUGUUGUGUUUUAUUUUUUUACUUUUUUUUUUUUUUUUACUGUUUAUUUGGAAUAAAUUUUUUAGUAUUUUCAGGUCAGAAAUUUCCCCAAUCUGAGCCCUCUCUAGUCGUGGGUAUUUUAUCGAGCCACCCCCACAGUACCCAGGGGUUACUGUGCCUAUAUUCUACCUGGCCCCAAUGGCAUGUAACCACCUGACCCACCACCUGCUAAAGGCAGUGCAUUUUACAUACGUUUUAUUAAGUGUUCUUGCAUAGCAAGACCACUUAAUGUUAUCUCACAUAUAUAUUAUUUUUAUUCUUAUUAUAGCCAAAUUUACCACCCUAACUCCUCCCACAGUUUUUACACUACAUAGACAGUAAUAUACCAAAACGUGCGGAUUGUUCCCGAUUGGAUUGCUAUUACUUUGUGGAACGUUUCGCCGAAUGGUUCACGGAAUAUCGUCGUUCUUGUGGCUAAAUUUGUCCCAUAGGAAUGAAUGGCAAAGCUAGAGUGGGAGCUGGCAAAAGCUGAAAAAUCAGGACAUGAUUUCUAAACUGCCACCACUCCCUUAUUUUCAGGCCCACCUACACAAAUCUAUAUCAAAACGUUCAGCUAUCCCUGCUGCCACUAAACAUGUCAACGGCUAAGCCAUAGUCCUGACAGUUUUCACAAUAUAAUCAUUUGUUUGCAACUAACGCCGUCCAUUGACAUUCAUUGAAACUUCACUCUACAAAGCUCAAAUUUGAAGUGCAAUUUCUAAACUGCGACUGUGCCAUCAUUUUUAAUACUUCAGAGACAUACUAUGCAUCAAAAUGUAGGUCUGGGGGGGGCGGAGCCAAGCGUCCGUACUGAAUGGCAGCAACUCUCAUGUGCUCCCGUGGCUGAGGAUACUACCCGUUACCACCCACAGCCCCACGGAACCCUACCCGCCGACAACACCUACCCUUCACACCCCAGGGAGGUGAGCCGGACACAGAUGCCCUUUCUGUUCCCGCAAACGGGCAGAAAAACCCGGCAGAGAUCGGGGGCCUAUCAAGAAUACCGCACAGCAAGGCCUGCACCAGACCUACUGGCACUGACGGCUGCCUUAUCCAGCCCGCUGCUGACCCCUCACCGGGAAUCAAGCAACAUGGGCCGAAGGACACAGAAACCCCUACAGGGAGCUAACAGGGACUCCCUAGAUAUCAGCGCCCAACGGCCUCCAAAAUGGCGAACCCACCUGAUGGUGUCAGCAACCUGGAAGACCCAGAGGAGCGGUCCGAAGAGAUGACAGAACCCCAACAGCCACACUACCCCACACUAGAGAGGAGGGAAAACCUAAACCCAGCCACUAAGCAAGAUAUUGCAGACUUGCUCCAAGAAAUGCGGCAGAUGCACACUGCAGAUAUGGACCUGAUCAAAACAGAGGUACAAGCGGUGACCGCACGCACACAGGCCUCAGAGGAAGAUAUACAAGAUCUCCGGAAAGAGGUACAAAGCCUAAAAGAAAUGGUCCAACACCUACAAACCUCCCAAACUACCAUAACCACCAGAGUAGAUCAGGCAGAAGACCGCCACAGGCGCGCCAAUAUCAAAAUCAGGGGGAUCCCUGACUCAGUCGACGCGACUGAACUGGCCCACUACCUUAGGCGCCUCUUCAGCACGCUCUUACCACCCGCUCAGGCAAAAAAGGUAGCACUUGACGGAUUCUUCCGAAUCAAGAAACCCAGACAGGCCCCGCAAACGGCCUCCCAGGACGUCAUCAUCCGCUGUCAAUCUCUGACCGAUAAAGCCCGACUUAUGGCUGCGGUAAGGGGGAAGACCCCGCUCCCCUUUGAGAACUCAUACCUCUCAUUCUACCAAGAUCUCACGCGGAACACACUCCUAUGGCGCCGGUCCCUAGGCCCAGUGACAAGGAGACUACAAGAAGCAGACAUCGAAUAUAGAUGGACACUACCAAGAGCCCUGAUAGUAACCGAGGGGGGCACCACCCAUAGACUCUCCUCACUUAACGAGGCGGACUCAUUUUUGCAAGCCAUUGGGCUACACACGAGACCCGCGAACGCGGAGAACCCUUCCACCCCACACACUUGGGAUCCGGACAGAAUAACGCCAUUCACCCCCAGAAGACGGGAAGAUAGAGGGGCACCAACUUGAGAUGACCAGCUCUCACACAAGCAUUCUGUUUUGUUCCACUAUGUUUUACCCAAGUUUAUAGUGAACCCCACACUAGUUCCCCCCAAUGCUGCAUCUACAUGACGGAUAUCGGACCUUACCAGACCGAACUUUUUAGCAACCCUAACGGGCUCCUUAACACCUAAUGCAGGCUCUAUCACCUGCUGAGGCCGAGAGACAGACUCUCACAACCCAUAGUACCCUCACCCUCCCUCCCCCCGUGUCCCCCUAGGUUAGGGGACGACAUCCUACGACCACUAGCCACACACACCCAUGUCACACUGAGUGUCUUCAUUGGCACCCCUACACUCUGAGCGACAGCACACAUACAUGGCCCAACAAUACAGUACCCAAUAUGACUCACCGACACUCACACCGCCUGAACCGAGAGGACGAACCUCACAACACGGGUCCAACCACAGACACCAGAGCACUCACAGACAGGGCAACCAGACACCAAUACUGGCCUACCCACCUCCAGGUCGACCUCCCCAGGAGAUUAUACCAUGGGACACAAUCACUACCCUAAAACUAAACGCACACCAUGCCUGGGAGACUGCCACAACAAACAUGCAACAAACACAACGUACACACCCUGACACAGGAGCGCAGCUGGACCCCCAACACAUGUUAUACUCCUCCCUAGUUGACCCAAGCAUGUCUUAAUUAAAAAAAAAAGAGGACAGAUGUAUAUGAAUGUCAUGUGUCAUACCUGUUAUAGCACCUAUGGUAACAUUUAAACAUUCAAUGCAAACCCUGUAAUAACCUGCUUCAUCCUCAAUAAAACAAAGAAUUACAAAAAAAAAAAAAAUGUAGGUCUGGGUCUUGUGAUUCACAAUAUAAAGCUCUUCGCUGUAGGAUUUAUAGUUUUUAAAAUACGACCGUUUGAAGAUGGCAACCGCCAAAAUACUCUGACCUGUGCCAGGCUGCAGCAGCAAGUGAUGUCAUAGACAGGGCCUUUUGAACACCUGCUAAUAUUUUUAUAAAUGGUUUAAUGUAACUGUGCAAUAACGUUGCAAUUAAAUGUGCUAUAUAAAUGAUAACAGUUACUCAGCCCACUCCAGUUGUAGACUACUGGUGGAGGCAAGAACACUUCACACAAUUUCCCCAGAAAUUGUAGCUUUUUUAGUUCUUUGUUAUUGCAUUACGGCCUUUACUGCAACUCUGCCCUGCUCAUUUUAAAAACAUUUUUUGGAUUUCUUAAAUUACAAGAUCAAUAUUGCUAUGUUUUAGAUGUUGGGUGACUUAGUUUAUCCCUGUAAAACUGCAAGAAUUGUAACCCUAGGUUUAUGAUGGGGCGGUAUCCAACUGGCAGUUUUCUAUGUAUUCUAAGAGACCUUUUUAUGAGACAUUGCACCCCGGUGAGGGCAGUUGGGAUUUCAUAGUUUUAGUUUCUGUGUGAGUGGGUCUGUAAUGGCUGGUUUGGCUCAUUUUAUAUUGUUGUUUAUAUUGAAUAAAGGAGCGUGACUUUUAAAAUAUCACACUUCACUUUUAUCCAAAACUCUGUAAGGUUUGUACUCCUGCUGAGUCACAUCUUUUUAUUUAAUUUGCCAGUUUCUCCAUUCAAAUACGUCACAUCUAACAUUGUAAUAUUGCUGAAGUUCACAGCACACUCGAAUACAUUGAUCGCGUGAUAUAAUUAUUUUAGUGAAAUAUCUCCAUGUCAAAAGGCAAAUAUAUCUCCUGUAUACACGAUAGCUCUGAAAUGACGGUUUUUAUUUUGCGUUUCUACAAUGCACCCUUAAUGUCAUCCAAACUAUGUAACUGAGCACGAUCUGUAUUGUCAUGCUGUCCCAGAGACCUUUGUGUUGCCGGGGGAGCUGUCUAUGGGCCACUGAUUCACACAGCUGUGGCAGCAGGUAGUUCUAGUAAUCUCUAUUUUUGGGUUUGUUAGUGUUUUUAAUUGCUUUGUGGGGAUAUUUAUGGGAUGAUAAUUUUAAGCAGUCGAGAAUUGCCCACUAUUUCAAUUCUCUUAGAUCUUAGAGAUCGUUUAUCAUGUAAGUGAAAAGUAUUCCAUACAAUUAAAUCACAAUUUGUUAUAAAAAUAGAUUUAUUUUUAUUGUAACAAAUUAAUUAACAAUAUUAUUAGGCAACAUGCAUGAUAAUAAUCAGUAAAUAUUUACUUACACGAUUUUUGAGGGUAUCCUUACAGACAAAAAGUGAAGCUUUUCACAGCGAAGGGCCAUAAAACCUUGGCUAACAGUUAGAACAACUGAGUAACCCUUUCAAUGCUGGCUAGAUCCUCCUAGGCAUAUAGUAUCCUAUUCUCCUGUGAUUUUCAAUUGAAAUAACAUUCAAACCAGCUCAUUAGUCAUUUCCUGGAACCAUCCAAUAAGAAUAAUCUACCAGAUUUUUACAAAAGCCGAAUUUAAUUUGUCUAAAAAAGAUAUCUUAUCUUAUUUUAGAGCAAAUCAAUACACCUGGAUAAAAACAACGGUAUGCUAACAUGUGAUAAUAUCACAUCAAUAUAUAAUUCUUAAUUUCACCUGCAGAAUGGAAUGUUUAUAACUAUGUAUUCUUUAGUUAACUAAGAUUUCUUAAUAUGGAAAUCUGACCGUGAUUUAUCCAGUCAUAUAUCAUGCUAUUAGUAAAUUUUAAUUAAUUUAAAUUAAUUAAAUAAAACCAGCAUAGUUACCAGUUAUGUAGAUAUUCUCAUCAGAUGAAUAGGUAGUCCCAGAAACUUGAUAGGUUGUAUGGAAGUUCAUGAGUAAUAGUGAAAAGUAGUGUUGGUUAGAAAGUGUCAAAGAGUUUAAGAGUUUAUGUCCAAGAGAGUUUAAGAGUAGAGUGUUAGUCCCAGAUAUUGUCCUGGAUUUCUCUGCAUGUAUGACUUGGAUGCCCAAACUUCAAUUAAUCUCUCUGUCUCCAACUACAACCUGUCUUCCCUUUGUCCUAACUUGUAAAGGGCCAGACUCUCUGUAUGUCUGUUGAUAUAAAUAUUCUGACAGCUUGCAUAAGUUUAACUCUUUCUCCUAGAUAUCGUGAUGAGACUCCGGAACCUGUUAGCAGUUCUUUCCAGAACUGGGAAGAUAACUCAGAUGAUUUCUGGAGGAAGGAAAGUGGGAUCACGGAUAUCUCCAUGUCUCUCGGGCACAAAACCUCCAGUUAUGACGAAAGGUAGAGUUUUCAAUCACCAGUAAUUCUCAUUUUCACCAUCUCUAUCUCGGGGUGUGCAAUCUCCUGCUUCCAACAAUGGAUCUUAAUGAGAGAAAGUAAAAAUCCUGAAUACGAUAUAUUCUUAGUGGAAAGUGAUGGGGAGAAAAUUAAUGGGGGAAAUGCCUGAUGGAGAGAGGAACUGUUGGCAAUGUAAAAAAAAAAGUAGGAAACGUGUGAGUUUGCAAAGCCCUAUGCUUCCCAGCUCCGGUCCAGAGGAAUGUAUGGUGAAUAUCUGCUGUGCCGCCACGCAGGUUACAAUAUAGAGAACUGGGAGCGAACCAGGCUGGAGACCAUGUCGCUAACGGUGCUAAUGGUUUUCUUUCAGACCCACAACCCGGCGAAAACCUGACCUGGAGCCAGCUUCCUCCACCGAUGAAGCCCAGAAGAAGUUUGGCAGUGCAAAGUCCAUUUCCUCAGACAUGUAUUUUGGAAAGCAAGACCACACUGAGGUGAGGAUGUUUUUUAUUUUUUUUUAAAUUUUUUUUUAUUGGUCUUUUUAAUAGUAACACUUCACUGUGCACCUGGUAACGGCUCCAAUUACACCGUCGAGGAAUUCAUUGACGUUUGAGCUCAUGAAGAAUCAUGGGAAAUCUACUUUACAACAUUCAUACCGAAUUCCAAUGUGGACCUUCACAUGUAUUUUAACAGGAAAUAUUCCAUGUUUUCACUCUGUGGGCGGAUUCUGCCGGGUACAAUGUUUCAGCUUUAGAUAAAUGUGCAUUUAUAGAGAGAACAUUUAAAAGAUUUUCUUAAGUGUUGGUCAACAGCUUCACUAUUUCUUGGCAUGUGUAGGCACAAUCCGUUAGCAUGCAUACCUUGUGUUUGGGGCAUUUUCAUUUUUAGUUUCUCCUUUCAGCAAUGUGAGCAUAUGGUUAGUGACUGAUUUAACGGUGUCAUGGCAGGCACACAAUAGAAGUUAGACUCUUUACAACAAACCUUUUCUUUUCAGCUAUUUUUCUUCACUGAUAUAUAUAUAUAUAUAUAUAUUUUUUUUAUUAGUAUGAAACUAGAUCUAGACUGGAUAGGAUGUCUGGAAACUCAUCCAUAAGCUCAGCUGACCUGUUUGAUGAACAAAAGCAACAGUCGGCAGGUAACUUAACCACAUUAUACAGUGACACAAUUAAAUUAAAAGAACUCCUAUGUAUUUCUCAUUCAAAUUCUUUUCAUUUCUUUACGGUAGAACCCACAUAGUAUUAAAAUAUUAUGUAUCCAGUGGUUCCUUACCAGUACAUUGAUUGGUGCAGGUCCCCACACCUCCUAUAACACACACUACCUGAGCAGCACACUCACUGCAGCUCCCCACACCUUCUAUAACCCACACUACCUGAGCAGCACGCUCACUGCAGCUCCCCACACCUCCUAUAACCCACACUACCUGAGCAGCACACUCACUGCAGCUCCCCACACCUCCUAUAACCCACACUACCUGAGCAGCACGCUCACUGCAGCUCCCCACACCUCCUAUAACCUACACUACCUGAGCAACACACUCACUGCAGCUCCCCACACCUCCUAUAACACACACUACCUGAGCAGCACGCUCACUGCAGCUCCCCACACCUCCUAUAACUCUCACUACCUUAGCAGCAUGCUCACUGCAGCUCCCCACACCUCCUAUAACACACACUACCUGAGCAGCACACUCACCCCAGCUCCCCACACCUCCUAUAACACUACCUGAGCAGCACGCUCACUGCAGCUCCUCACACCUCCUAUAACACACACUACCUGAGCAGCACACUCAUCCCAGCUCCCCACACCUCCUAUAACACACACUGCCUGAGCAGCGCUCUCACUGCAGCUCCCCACACCUCCUAUAACUCACACUACCUUAGCAGCAUGCUCACUGCAGCUCCCCACACCGCCUAUAACACACACUACCUGAGCAGCACGCUCACUGCAGCUCCCCACACCGCCUAUAACACACACUACCUGAGCAGCACACUCACCCCAGCUCCUUACACUACCUUAGCAGCACGCUCACUGCAGCUCCCCACAUCGCCUAUAACACACACUACCUGAGCAGCACGCUCACUGCAACUCCCCACACUACCUGAGCAGCACACUCACCCUAGCUCCCCACACCUAUAAUUCACACUACCUGAGCAACACGCACACUGCAGCUUCCCACAACUCCUAUAACACACACUACCUGAGCAACACUCACCCCAGCUCCCCACACUACCUGAACAGCACACUCACUGCAGAUCCCCACACCUCCUAUAACACACACUACCUGAGCAGCACACUCACUGCAGAUCCCCACACCUCCUAUAACACACACUACCUGAGCAACACGCUCACUGCAGAUCCCCACACCUCCUAUAACCCACACUACCUGAGCAGCACACUCACUGCAGAUCCCCACACCUCCUAUAACACACACUACCUGAGCAGCACACUCACUGCAGAUCCCCACACCUCCUAUAACACACACUACCUGAGCAGCACACUCACUGCAGAUCCCCACACCUCCUAUAACACACACUACCUGAGCAGCACACUCACUGCAGAUCCCCACACCUCCUAUAACACACACUACCUGAGCAGCACACUCACUGCAGAUCCCCACACCUCCUAUAACACACACUACCUGAGCAACACGCUCACUGCAGCUCCUCACACCUCCUAUAACACACACUACCUGAGCAGCACGCUCACUGCAGCUCCUCACACCUCCUAUAACACACACUACCUGAACAACACACUCACUGCAGCUCCCCGCACUCCUAUAACCCACACUACCUGAGCAGCACGCUCACUGCAGCUCCUCACACCUCCUAUAACACACACUACCUGAGCAGCACGCUCACUGCAGCUCCUCACACCUCCUAUAACACACACUACCUGAACAACACACUCACUGCAGCUCCCCACACCACCUAUAACCCACACUACCUCAGCAGCACACUCACUGCAGCUCCCCACACCACCUAUAACCCAUACUACCUGAGCAGCACACUCACUGCAGCUCCCCCACCACCUAUAACCCAUACUACCUGAGCAGGAAUUUUACGGAGAGGUUUGUUUUGUUUUUUUUCCUCUUUUUGAAGGAGCCUGACUUUGGGGUAAUGUAGUUGAAAUAUGUUUUAUCUUUUUUUUUUUUUUUUUAAGGAAAUUAUACAUUAACAAAUGUUUUGCCGUCAACACCAGACAUGGCAAACUUUAAGCAAGGUGUGAAGUCUGUAGCUGGCCGCCUCUCUGUUCUUGCCAAUGGCGUGAUGACUUCCAUUCAGGUUAGUGGUCUAUUCAUUUCUAGAUCUUCCAUUUAGAGGAACAAAAGAUAACGCAGCCCUUUUAUCUACGUGCAUUCACUUCUUUUUAUUACAUGACAGACUUGCCUUUAUGUUCAUAAAAUGUGUUCUCUCCUUGCAAAUGUUAACUUUAUAGAGUGUGACAAGGUUAAUCCGUACGAUCUUAACUAGCACUUUUUGUGUUUCAGGACCGAUAUGGAUCUUAAUUAGUGAGCCUCAAACAUGCAUAGCUUGGAAACAUCAAAGGAUGAAGAAUCCACCAAUGUUUGGAUGUUUUUAUUUUGAUAAAGGAUGUGUUUUUUUUUUUUUUUUUUCUUCCUCUCUUUAAAUGUUACUUGACACUUUGCAUUAAGGGUUCAUAUCUUGUGAGUUGGAGGACACUCACCUCUCGAUAAGCUCCUUUUAGUAUCCGAUGGCUUAUGUUGUAAUUCAGUUCUAAACUCCAUUUAGCACAUGACUGAUUAAAUAUUACCUAGUGUAAUGGAUUUGGUAUUUUUUAAACCCCCCCGCCCUCCCCCUUUCAGUGCUGUUAUCUCUCCACUGAACACACGGAAAUCCUGGCACACCUUCUCUCUUUGCUGCAAAGUCCUUUUUUUUUUUUUGGCUAUUAGUCUUGUCAAUUUACAUACAGCUAGAGGGGUGUGGGCAGGUAUUAAAUAAUGCGGCCUGCGUAAUUAAUUGCUUUAUUCUCUGAUGGCAAUGGAAAGCGGACCCUUCAAAAUUUCAUUCCAGGACAAUUCACAUAUAAAGAGCCAUUCAUCUUUAACAGUUUUCGAAUUUUAGAUAAACCUUCCUUAAAACCAGGAAGGGCAGAUGUAAAUAUUUUUUUCCUUUUUGUUUAUAUAUAACUUUAACAUUAUCCCCAAUAAUGACACUAAAUAAAAGGAUCCAUUUAAUUUAUGUUUUGCUUAGAUUAUUGUUGGUCAUUAGAGAGGUAAGGUGACAAAAUCCGAUUCCUUAAAGAAUUGAUUUCAGGCGGAUUUGUCCUCUGUAUUCUGCUAUUCUGAGUGUUUUUAUAAUUUCUAUGUUGAGGGAAGAGCAGCUCCCUGAUGAUUACAAAGAUUAGGAGAUUUAAUUACAAAUCUGUAAUACCAAUUUGUUUGUAAAACAUACAAAAUAUUUCUAUGCUGUAACCACUUUGCAAACUGUGUAUCGGAAAUGUUUGGUGUUUAAUCUCCCUGUGGGCUCCUUUUUGGCAUCUUAAAUAUUUACACCAUGUGGUAAUAGGACUGUGCCACGUAAUCCAUCUCUUCAAAUCUCUGAUCCAGGGUUGUCCAGGACUACAAUUCCCAUCAUUCUCUGGCAGCCAACGGAAUAUAUUCCACUUGGGUGUUUCUGCUUUAACAAUAGAAUUAUCGGAACUCUAGUAGUUAAUUUGUACAAAGCAAUCAGCUGAAGACCCAUAUCAAAACAAGAUUUGAACUACUUUUAUUUAAAUUCCGAAUGUUUCAUAUUUUUUUGUCCCACAUUAAUUUUAAAUGUGUUAUGGUGGGUGAAUGGCUAAGGCUGGGACAGGCCCUCUCUGACACCCUGUCCUUUGGAUUAGAUGGUUAUGCUUGCAAGCCAGACUGCUGUUUAUGGUGUCAGUUUGCCUGUCCCUGGGUAUGUGAUUCAUUUAAUGGUAAACUUGUUAAUAGUGGUUUCUCGUCCUCUAAUUCUGGGCUUAUGUGUGUCUGUUGUGUUUUAUUGUCACUGCAUAAAACACAACAAUUAAAUUUAAAUACCACUGUGUGGUCACAUUAACGUUGCCUUAGACUUGAUGUCACCUUUUCCAAUGUUUGGUGUUACAAUUAACAGCUUUAAAUGAAACCUAACGAAGAUCUAAUCGGGGAAGAGCCACUAAGGCUGCUAUUUUAAUAUGGAGACAAUCAGACAUAGAUGUAAAAUGCUAUUUGUGUAGAUAUAUGCAAUGUUCAUAUAUUCAGAGUAAGGGGAGCUUAGUCACUACUGCUUUAUAGACAUCCAAGUAAUGCAUUUUACUGUUAAUAUAAAUGAUUUCAUGCAAAUAGAUUUGAACUAUAGAUUUAUUUUUUUCUCCCCUCCCCCAUUAUUUUGAUUUUAUUUUGUAUCCCAAUUGAACCUGCUGUGUUUUAGACAGCGGAUCGAUCCCUGGCUUUUUAAUUGUAAUUUUUUUUUUUUUUUUACCCCUGUGUCUUUAUUUGUAAUUCCGAGCUUUGAAUUUGAGUUCUUUAAUAAACAUUUUAUUGCAGCAGAACAUUUUUGACUCUGGUUUUGUAAAUCUACAUGGUCUGUGUGAAGGUUUUAAAAUUUGUGAUGUGAUGCAGGAAUGGAGGGAAAAUGUUAUUAGUAAUAUUAAUAUAUUGAUCCACAAAUGGCGAUUACUCGUAAAGCUUUACUGAUCUGCCUUGACUCGGUUCUUGGUUGUUUAAAAGUCAAGAGAUUAAUUUUGCAUAAAUAACCUCCAUAAAUUCUACUAAUUAGCAAAGCUUUAUAGGGUGAUGGCUUAAUUAGCAGGAAACAUUUUAAUCUUAACUCAUACAUUUUGUUUAUUUCUAUUUUCAUUUGUGUAUGAGGAACAUGAAAAUAACAGGACCUAUUUAUUUUCAAUGAUUGAGAGUACCAUCGUGUGGCGAAAUUAACCUCGCCACUUGUGCCUGGAGAGGACUACUUGCCAGCAUCUUGCCUUUAGACCAUGUUGAAACACUGGAUUUUCCCCUGCAAAGACUCAAAAGCCGGGUCAUUUGGUGCUUGCCCUGUUUGAGUGAUGAUACCCCAGAUAGCUAUGCCAUGGAGCCCAUUCGUAUAAUGAAAGACUUUGGCUCCAUGGCAAUUGAACUGUAUGUGUGUGAUCUGAAUGCCAUUCAGUAAUGUGCGCUCAGAUCUGAGCUAUCUGGUGAUAUGUUGAAUGUACCUGUUUUGUGCAAUGGCUGCACAGUUAUAUAGUUUUAUUUAUUUUAUUGUAAGUUACAGUAUAUGUGUAAAAAGUGUAUUUUUCCUGCCUGUGAUAAAUUACAUUAACCCAUUGUGUACCAUAAUUAUGUCACAGGCAGAGGGGAGGGAUUGUAUUUUGGUGCUGAGUGUGUUUUUACGGUUUGCCUGUAAAGGAUUGGUUGUACUGUGUCCCACCCUGUGGGAUGUCCCCUUGCAUGGGGACUUGCAUAAAAAAACAGCGUG